AUGAAUAUAGAAUAUACUAAGACAAUUUUUUUACUUUUAAGCUUGUUUGUAUAUGCAAGUAAUGAAACCCUUGGGGAAGAAACUGCAAAAGAUAUUGCUCUAGGAAAUAUUGGUUCAAAAAAUCUUACGUUAACAUUGGACAAUGAUAAUUCGAGUGAUAAUCUCCUAUGCACAAAUCCGGAAGAAAUUACAAAAGCAACUGAAGUUAUGGACGAAGCUAUAACACUUUUACGAAACCAUGCUAAAAAUAAAGACGACUACAGUUUAUAUCAUAGUGAGAAAAAUGCAAAUUUAUAUUUUACAAAGCCCGGAAAUCCAGAGGCUGGCAAACUUAGCAUUAUAAUCCAAGAUCCCAAUAAGUAUGAUGACAUAGUAACUCUUCUAUCAAAUCCCAAUGGUGCCAAAUAUUUCGAUGAAAGUUUUAUUAGCGGAAAAAUCUCCCGGUUAUACAAUACCAAUUUAGCAUUAUUACAACAACGCCACAAAAGCCGUAUUGGAUCCCUCAAAAAAUAUUUUUAUGCUUUAAUGAAAAAAGUUAAUGUAACACCAAAAGAAACUAUAAUUGCCUAUGUACCAACAGAUAUAAAUGAUCAUAACAAUUCCAAUAAUAAAAGCUUUAAUAAAACUAUCUUAACAAAGGCAAAUUCAUUAAGAAUUGACAUUAACUCUGAAGAGGAUAUUAGAAAAGGGAAAUUAAAAAAAAUGUUUGUUAACGUAUUCGGAUAUAUAGUUAAAAAAGAAACUGAUCACAUUAAUAUUACCUAUGUCAAAUUUAUUGAAGGUAGUUAUUCCAUACUCCCAAGAUGGCUUAAUAAAAUGUUUAGAGGAUUAAACAUUUUAAAGCUAACCAGAUUAAUACAUUUAUUUUCUGAUAAAUAUAUGUAUAUUACGAAUGAUAAUAUUUAA